AGUGGCUAAAAUGAAGUACACAUCAUCACACGCCUUAUCCAAAUAAAAAAUAAUUAAAAUUAAAUGGAAAAAUUUGCAGAAUCACAAAAAUAGGAAGGGGAAGGGGAAGGGGAUGCACUAGUUCAAUCCCACACCAUUAGGCUUUAUGAGCAGAAUGGGAAAAUAUGUGUCCCUCUUUUGCUCUUCCAACCACCUCCACUUUUUCUCUCCCUGCCUUCUGCCACCACCGCUGUAACAUCACUUUGGCUACCUUCCCUCUUCGCCACCACCAUUCUCAUAACCAUCCGAUCAAACUAAGAGUUAUAAAUGAGUCUCAAAAGGCUGAUCAGUUGUCUCCUGAUACUACAACUGAGAGAUCGGAAGCUGAUAAACUUGUGGAUGGUAUGGACUUUGGUGAGCUCUGCAAUGAGUUUGAGUGUAUCAGUAGUCCACUAGUGGAAUCAACAGCUAGACAACUUGCACGUGAUAUCCUAGAGCUUCGUGAAGGCAAUCCUAUCUUAGGAACUUACGCAGUGUUUGUCAAAUACAAGGAUCCAGUACGAAGUUUUACUGGUCGUGAAAAAUACAAGAGGCCACUGUGGGUGACUGCUGCUCUAGAUAAUCCCUCUGUGACUGUGCAGGAAAUGGUGAUGUUGUCAACCAGUGUGUUGAGUAUCAAGUGGACAAUCAAAGGAAGGCCAAAAUCUCCCAUUGCUAGCAUAGGAGGAGAUCUGAUAAUAAGAGUGAAUUCCCAGUUCAUAUUAAACCAGAUCAGUGGACAAGUGUUAGAGCAUGAAGAAUUCUGGGAUUUAGCAGAUUCAUCAGCAGUUGGUCAGGCAUUCUUUUGGACAUCCCGUCGAUUAUUUGCAGCCGGGGAAGCUGGAAAGGACUUUGCUGAUUCCAUUAAGAACUUCACGAACCUUAUUUCAACCAAAGAAGAGAACUUGGAAAUUUUCCGUGACCUCUCUGGCGAUCCAACGAAGUUCUUUCAGAGGGAUGACAGCUUUCAAAGAGAUGCAUAUCAAUUUGCGCUGUUUCUGGCAGUCCUUUAUUUUGUUGUACAGUUGUUAAGGGCAACAUUGUAAAACUUGUUGCAAAGAAGCACAAUUGGGUGGUCUUUUGUAGUUGUGGUUGUAAUAUCUUUAAGUUUGUUGUGGAAUAUCAUGAAUCAUGACCAUUUCAAUAUUAAAAGUUUCCCUUUCACAGUA